AUGGUCAGGGAGGUGUCCCUGACGGUGACAGCAAGCGCUGCGUCACCAACGGCAUCAGCUGCUCACCUCGAGGCUGGUGACCACGUCUUCUUGAACGAAGAACGUUCGCGAGUCGUGCUCCGACGGAACCCCAGCGACGUUGACGCCACCUGUUUGGGGGACGGCUCACUCGUGGCGAUCCAUGGACGUGGGACGGUUCUGUUCGCCAUCUCUGGAGACGAACACCCCGCGCUGACGCAGGUAUACUGGAUCCCAUGGCUCAAGAGCAACAUCGUCUCCAUCAGCCAACUCGACGAGAUUGGGUGGCCAACCCUUGUCAAGGACGGUUUCAUGACCGUGCGCGACCGGAAGCAGCGCAUCGUUGCCAGAGUUCCGCGUGCACGAAGUCGCCUCUACAUCAUCCGGCUCGAGCUCGUCAAACCUGUGUGCCUUGCAGCGCACUCCACGGAGGAUGCAUGGCGCUGGCAUGCAAGGUUCGGCCACCUGCACUUUGAUGGGUUCGCAAGGCUGGCGCGACAGAACAUGGUCCGCGGCCUCCCUCUCAUCGAACAAGUCGAGCAUGUGUGCGACGCCUGCUUGGUCGGGAAGCGGCAUCGAUCUCCAUUUCCCCAGAUGGCGAUGUUCCGAGCCAUGGAGCCGCUCAAAAUGGUUCAUGGCGACCUCUGUGGUCCAGUCACACCUGCAACUCCGGGAGGAAAGAAGUAUUUCCUUCUUCUCGUUGAUGACCAUAGCAGGUUCAUGUGGUUGGUCCUGUUGCAGAGCAAGGACGAGGCCACACAGGCUAUUCGCCGGUUUCAGGCACGCGUGGAGCGCGAGACUGGGAAGAAGCUGCGGACGUUCAGGAGUGAUCGCGGCGGCGAGUUCAACUCCAAGGACUUCGCCUCGUACCUCACCGACCUUGGUGUCCAGCAACAUCUCACCGCACCGAGCAAGGCAUUGGUGUUCUUCGGCUAUGAACCAGGGAGCAAGGCAUUGGUGUUCUCCGGCUAUGAACCAGGGAGCAAGGCAUAUCGCUUGUAUGAUCCCGUCGGCAGACCCGUGCACGUAUCGCACGAUGUGGUCUUCGACGAGCACCGCCCCUGGAACUGGGAAGGCGUGGAGGAGACAUCAUCUGACAUGUCUUUCGUCAUCGGUCCACUCUCAGUGAUAUCUGGUGGGGCAUUCCCACGAGCUGCCCCUACACCGCCCGCCAACACGCCUGCUCCUCCAUCGCCAAGCUCCCCUGAGAGGAGCAACGCGCCCACACCACCAAUGCCGGCCUCGCCCACGCCACCCAUGCCAACAUCAGGGAGUGCUGGCUCGAGUUGCUUGUCAGAAGCAUCAACAAGUGGCUCUCAAUCUGCAGGCACACCGGUGGUGUCUGGUGCAUCGGCACCCCUGCACCCCAUGCAGACACGGGGCCGAGACGGAAUCGUUGUCCCCAACCGCCGUUACCUGGAAGAGGAGCCACAUGAACCAGAGACACCGCUCACACCACAGUCACCAGAGAUUGACGAUGUCGACGAAGAUCCUGACUAUGAGCUGCACCUGGCAUUCGGAGAAGAGCCUGGCUCCUUCACCGAAGCUGAAGAACACUGA